AACUUUUUUUAUCAAUGUUGUUUCGAAACCGUGUUAAGCGAGGGACACAUGUUUAUUAAACUGUGAGCUAUACUUAGAUUAAAAAACCCGACACAGUGUUUAGUUACAGAAAUGAAGGAAAAAAAAAAAAAACAAUUUUCCGGUUUUUGAUUUUGUUUAUAAACAAUCCACAAUAAUGAGCUGAAACUUGAUUUCAAUUCUCUCUCAAUUUGCAGAGCACAAUGAGUGGCAUAAAGUGUAUAUAAAAUCAGUUGCCUUUUUACAUUGAAGAUAAUAUUAACAAAAGCAGCAGCGAUCAGUUCAGAUGCCAUAUAGAAAAAUACCAUAAGAAAUUUGUUAAAACGAAAAAAAAUUGAGAAAGUAUAUAUAUUAAUUAAUAAAAUUGAUUUUUAUAAAAGUAAACAAUUUGCAAAGUGGAAAGAAAUCUCUUGAAACGCCUAAGAUUAAAUCUAUACAAGUGAUAAAUAAAUAACAAUGACGUUAACCGGUAACAAAGAUUUGUUAUUGUUCACCUUUGCCUUUGCAAUAUCGUUACACACAAUAAUGGCUAAGUCUACUGGUGCUUCCACGUCACCUAAUUAUAAUGCUUUUGCCGCUGAUCUAUUUACUCUUGUGGUGGAUAAUAGUGUUGAUCGAAAUGUUGUAUUUUCGCCUGCUUCCAUACAGACAUGUCUCACAGUAGCAUAUCUGGGAGCUGAAGGUGAGACAGCAGAGGAAAUGCGUAACGCCUUGAAACUGGGGGAGGGCGACAAGAAUGCUGUUAUUAAAAAGUAUGCAGAACUUGUGAAGUCAUCCUUUAAAUCAACGAAUGCUCAAGGCGGCCCGUUAUUAAAAAUAGCAAAUCGUGUGUUUGCUAAUCACAAUUUAAAGAUUUCCGGAACAUUUCAGAAACUGGCCAAAGAAUAUUUCGAUACCACAGCAAAACUUUUAAAUUUUGAAAAUGCCGCGGAAUCCGUGGCCGCAAUUAACGGCUGGGUAGAAGAGCAAACUAAUAACAAAAUUCAAAAUCUUUUGCAAGAGGAUUCAGUAAAUAGUGACACAAGUGCCAUAUUGGUGAAUGCUAUUUAUUUUAAGGCCAAAUGGACCCGGCAAUUCAGUGAAUCGUCGACACGUAAAUCGACUUUUUACACAUUAAAUAACGGUCACGUGCACGUAGACCUUAUGUAUCAAGAUGAUUAUUUCCGUUACGCUGAUUUACCUGAAUUGGACGCUACUGCUUUGGAGAUGCAAUACGAGAAUUCCGACCUCUCAAUGCUCAUUAUUUUGCCCAGGGAAGUUAAUGGCCUUCAAAAUUUGGAAUCGAAGUUAAGCGGUUUCAAUAUAAGUCAAAUAGCAGAGAGACUGGAGGGCGAACACGUUGAUGUAUUUCUACCAAGAUUUCGCAUUGAAUUUGAUAUAGAUUUAAAGGAACCGUUAAAGAAGAUGGGUAUCACAUCGAUGUUUUCAUCGAAUGCCAACCUAGCUGGUUUGUUUGUCUCCUCUGUACCACAAAAGAUUUCCGAAGUUAAGCAUAAAGCUUUCUUAGAUGUUAAUGAAGCUGGCUCCGAAGCCGCUGCUGCGACUUAUUUGAAAAUUGUACCAAUGAGUCUGAAUUUAAAUCAGAAAGUAUUUAGAGUUGAUCAUCCAUUUUUCUUUGCUAUACGAGAUAAAACGUCCGUUUAUUUUUCUGGUCAUGUUGUGCAACCUUAAAUAUUAAUUGUAUUAUAUUGUAUUAUUUUUUUAUAUGUAAAUUUCGUUUAAAGAUUAUUUUAUAAAU